AGGACUCUGCGUUUCCCAUGAGCUACCACUGAGUGAGGCAGAACCUCCAAAGGUUCUAUGCUCCCAAAUAGGGUAGAAUCCACUUGGGGUCUCUGGCUUCCUUUUGGAUGUGUGGACUGUCUCUCUCUCUCUCAGAGUUUUACGUUUAUUUUUUAAGGCUUUGGGGCAUGGAACCCAUGAGAGGUACAGCUGCCUAGUGGGUAGGGGUCUGAGCCUGUAUAUAACUCUGUUCUGCUUACGUGGAGCUGUUCCUACCUUCACUGGGUUAAGUGGGGAGGGGUGUGUGUGUGCUCUGUUUACACCCCAGCCUGUGCAGCCAAAAAACCCUAAGGAAAUGUUUUAGGACGUGGUCCAUGGCUCUUGUUUGAGGACAAGGGCUUCUUAUGGCUGCCUGUGAUGACCCAGUCCAGGCUUAAAAUCUGUACAUGGUUUCUUGGCUUCAGCCCCAAAGGGCAUUGCCCAGUUCAGACCCUCAGGGUCCACUUAGGACAUAAUUGUUCCGUUUUCACGCACCACUUCUGCCUGACCAGGAAAUCCUGAAGCUAGGCUGCCCAGCCCUGAGUCAACACUUGUCAGGAAGGAGGGUGGGGGAUAGAAAUGCAGCCUAUAAGGCCUCUGCUCAGCCACACAGACCCAGAGGGGUUCCGCGGCAGUAAAGGCUGCGGACAUAGACACCCAUAGGCAUGGGCUCAGGCGCUCAUCGUGCACACUGUAUACACACAAGCAUACCCACAGUCACACAAGCACGCUGGUGUGUGGAUACAUGUAUACUUGCGUGGACACACGGGCGCUCAUAUACCACACAGGCAUAUGCAUACAUGAACAGGCACAGGCCUUGUUGCUUCCGGCAGCCUACAUGAACUCCAGGUUGGCAUGGGCCAUGCUCACCACACAGACGCUCACACAGCUCAGCUUGCUCUCCCUAGGCCCCUUUGCCGUGUUCACUGGUCGUCUAUACAGAUGCGAACCACCUCUCACUCAAGAACCGCUAAGGGAGCCUGCACCCUUAAACCUCACUACACUGCUCUAUGUCUUUGUGGCCAGAGCUAUCCGGAAGGCCCAGGUGCCACCAAAGACUUGCGGACUUCAGAGAGAGGGGCAGCAUCUGACAUACCUCAGGGAGGGGCCUUUGCUGUGGAAGGUGUGCCCAUUUCAAGGAGAGCAGGACCCAGGUGAGCCAGUCUGCCAGGAGCUCCUGUGUCUGGGGAUGGCAGGCAGGCAGCCCCAGGACGUGCCCACACACAGCUCCCCCGCGGCCGCACGCCAAGCCCACGCCAGAAACAGGCCAAGAGUCGCAGUCUCAGGGCCUGCCCACCACCCACGUCCUGCCGAGCCUAACACGCCUGCUCUGUCUGAGGGGAAAACCUGGCAGGAUCCAGACACUAGGCCACAUACCAACCACCAGGAAGGACAGGCCUCUCACGCUGCCAGUCCUUCCCGAGGUCGCUGCUCACAGGGCCUGGCCACCUGGCCCCUUCCUGCUGGAGUCCAGACGAGAAUUCUGCCAUUGAUAUCUUCAGGCCUCUUUCUCCUCACUAAGUGGCCCAGGCUGGGCCUGUGGAACUGAAAACCUGCCUUUUCUUCCAGAGUUGUUGGAAGUCUCGGGUCUUCCUCAUGCUCAGUUCAUCUUCUGGUUUUGGCUGUCUAUGUCACCUACCUGGGGAAGCCCUCCCAAAGUGUCUCCUGAGCACAACA